UCAGGUAAGAGCCGGUGUCCCUCUAAAUCCGAGUCAUUCCAGCGCUGCCGCCACAGGAUGAUGUCCCUCUUAGUCAUCGUUCUCCUAAUCUCAGGUGCAGUUGCAAUGUCACAAGCAACAACAACAACAACAGGAGGGUUUCCUAAAUGCUUUCCCCAAUGGGUUAACGCCGAUCAAGUUCAAAUCAGCUGUAAUGACCCUGUAAGUAAUCGCACAGUGACACUGAUUGCACAGUACUGUAGUCCUGAUCAUCAGAGCUGUCGCAACAUGAGCAGUCCCGCAGUCUUCCUGGAGAAGGACAAGCAUAGAGUAUGCCUAACCAUCACCAACUGUUCCUAUGACUCGUGGUCCUGCGAAGCCAAGAGUUACACUAAUGGCGAAGAAGAUAAGGAGAAUUUUACUGUCAGCAUAACAUGCAACUAUGAUUGUGGUCCAUUGCAGUUUAUUAGGCUGGUCAUCUGUGAGACGAUCAUCUGUGGGCCAAACAUCUGUAGGCUGAUCGUCUUUGGGCUGAUCGUCUUUGGGCUGAUCAUCUUUGGGCUGAUCGUCUUUUGGCCGAUCGUCUUUUGGCCGAUCAUCUUUGGCCCAAUCAUUGGGCUUUACUUCCUUUGCACUAAGGUGGAGUGUUUCAGGAAUGCCGUCUGUUACAUCUGUCAUCGACAAUGUAUGAAU